GCUGUUGGAUGUAAACAUUGCUUGUUUGACAGCUCUGUACUACGAGACAUCGGCUCCAAGUUUACUGAAACUAUGGCAGAAACUGCUCCUGCUCCCGCGGCUGCUCCGGCCAAAGCCCCGAAGAAGAAGGCGGCAAAAGCGAAAAAGCCUGGACCAGGCGUGUCGGACCUUAUCGUGAAGGCGGUUGCCGCUUCCAAAGAGCGCAAAGGAGUUUCCCUGGCGGCUCUGAAGAAGGCUUUGGCAGGUGGUGGAUAUGACGUUGAGAAAAACAACUCUCGCGUCAAGAUUGCUUUAAAAUCUCUGGUGAAAAAGGGGGUGCUUGUUCAAACCAAAGGCACCGGGGCAUCCGGAUCUUUCAAGGUGAGCAAGAAACCAGCCGCAAAGAAGCCCGUUAAGAAAGUUGUGGCGAAACCGAAGAAACCAGCCGUGAAGAAGAAGCCGGCAGCCAAGGCGGCAAAGCCCAAAAAGGCAGCAGUAAAGAAACCUGCCCCAAAGAAGUCUCCCAAAAAAGUGAAGAAACCGGCUGCGCCCAAGAAAGCCGCCAAAAGCCCGAAGAAAGUAAAGAAACCGGCUGUGAAGAAAGUUGCAAAGAGUCCUAAGAAGGUCAAAGCAGUGAAGCCUAAAGCUGCAAAGCCCAAGGCUGCCAAGGCGAAGAAGACGGCCGCUAAGAAGAAGUAGACUGCCACACUUCACUCCAUAAACCAAAGGCUCUUUUAAGAGCCACCCCAUCUUCACAGAAGUGCAAAUAUUCCUAAUGCAUGUAGGACGGCAAAUGCCUUUUUACUAGACUGAGAAUUUUUUUUUUUUUUUUUUGGGGUGGGAUGAGACACUUUUUGAAAUGUCUUGUUGGAUAGGGUUUUAUUGCUUAUAAAUAU